AAUCCAUUUAAUUGAGUUUCUUCUGUUUUGUUUUUCCUCGCUCUGCAUAGACUUCAUUCUCUUAUUCGCUUCAUCAUCAUCACUUGCAGCAGCAAUUCUCUAGUGAACUAUUCUAUCCAACCUUGUGCAUCAUUGUCUCGAGUCUGAUACACCCAAUCUUUCCUAAUUCGUUGGCCGGUAUGGAGCAAACGGUGUGGGGUCAUUUGCCAGUCCUGCUAAGGGCAACUACCAAAGAAUCUAUUGAGUACAUUCUUCAAGCCCUUUGGAGGACCAGAAAGACCGGUCUUCACUCUGCUGAUCGACGCAUCAUCCUAGACAUGCUUCAGCUCCAAAAUGAAUCUGACCUUGACCCACUUUUAGUUUGCCUCCGAAUGUUAAUCAGGAGGUGUGUUUACGAGAAUAUCAGCAAGGAUGAUAUUCCAAAGCUGUUUCCAGGUGAUGUUCUGCCCGAAUUGCAAAACCUGUUGACACUUCUGUUGCACAAGUUUCAGCAGGAGUGGCAAGAAGAUGUGCUGAAAGAUCAGAAUAUAGUGCCUCGAUUAAAGGCAAUGACAUGGAAUAUGACAAAUCAGGAUAAAGAAUCAACAGACCCUGCGGCUGCUAUUAAUUUAAAGCUCCAAAGCGAUGCUCGAUUUCACACGGGAGAGCUGGAUGUAAAGUUUCAAUUGGCCACAGAUUCUCUAGAGAUGAUGCUGAAAGCAAUGUACAAUGUUAGAGACCAGUUUUCAACAAUGGAUGAGGUACCAAAUGGGAUUUAGUACUAGGAGCCAAUGGAGUUCCAAAACAAGAUGUCUGAAUGAAAGGUCACAAUUUUAUUAGGCAGCAGGCAUAGUCCAAUUCGGCCUCAUCUCAUCAGUGGCGGCUCUUGCCCCUAUAGCUUGGAAGCGCCUUUGGCAUUCAAAGGCGUUACCGAGGUGUAAGGAGCUUGUUUGGAAGACUUGCUAUGAGAUUGUUCUAGUGUGGGGUGCUCUUAGCCGUCGGGGAAUGAAUGUGGAUACUUUUGUCCUUUUUGUGGUGUUGAUUGUGAGACCAUUGCCCAUGCUUUGUUGUUUUUCCCAGAAUCACAGCAACUUUGGUUUGGGUCCUCUCUUAGAUUGUGGUCCUCUCUUAGAAUCACAGCAUCUUCGGUGCAGUUCUUUCACAGUUUCAUGCAAGGUGGGAAUGAUGUUGCUCUUCAAAUUGUAUUUGGGAAAGGAGGAAAAAUUCGUUUAUGGUGAUGGUGCAGAUUCCUUUGGAGGUGGUAUUCCAGCGAGCUCAUAGCUUUUUGCCACCUCCAGACCUGCGAGCCUCAGCGAGGGAGAGCUUGCAACUCUAGUCUACCUGGAGUCGCCCAUCAGAGGGGAUUGAAAUUAUCAAUUUUGAUGCCUCAAUGAAUGGUUUGCAUAUUGUGGGUUUUGGCUUCGUAGCAAGGAAUUUCGAGGGUGAGGUUUUAGCUGCGGCCACUGCUUCCUUGUUCGAUGUUUUUCCACCGCUGAUUCCGCAGGUAUUGUGUCUGAGAUGGGCUAUGUCCUUAGCUACAUAUUUGAGUGUUAGGAGAGUGUGCUUUGAUACGGAGUGUUUGUAGCUCUUCAACAUUUGACGUAAACCAACAGUUGGCAGAUCCCAUAUUUUCUAUGUUGUUCAUGAUUGUCGUGAUCUCGCUCUUAGUUUAGAUUUUAUGGAUACCUCUUUUGUAUAUAGAGGUGGUAAUAGUGUUACUCACUCCCUAACUUAUUGUAAUUCAGUUUGGAUGGAGUAAAUGAAUACUUCUAUGUUUCCUCUAAUAUGUUAGUUAGUGCCACUUCCACAGUGAGUUCAUUUGA